GUAGUAUAAUUUUCAGGGGCUUUAAUGUAAUGUCAUAAAAUCCACAUUUAAGUCGAGAGGCUUUGAAUUACUUAUUGAAAUAUGUACCUACUUCUUUUCCCCACUUUGGGUAGUUUAAUUCAAUUAAAUGCAAAAUGUCCCCAUUAAUUUUCCAAUACGUUUCAGUCAUGCAAAUCCCAAAAACUACACAAUGUCAAGCAUUCAAAGGGCCAUGUGAAAAAAUCAGCAACAAGAAUUUAGCCGCCGUAAACAACACGCACACGAAAUAAUUGACGAAUUGCUGAAAGGCGGCGACUAAAUUGUAGUUAAAUCAAAUGCAGCAUGACUUCCCGGACACUCGUUGACCAUCACGCGAGGCUGUCGGACGUCCUGAGCGGUGGAAGCGGCUUCGAAAAUGGACAACGCCACGGCGAGCGGUUUGAAGGGGAUCGGGCGAAAUCAUAGUAACUAUGUGAUACCCGGACUCUAUGACCUCUCCACGGAGGACACCAACUGGGUGCUGACCUCGUCCUUUAUCAUUUUCACAAUGCAAACGGGAUUUGGCAUGCUGGAGUCUGGCUGUGUGUCAAUCAAGAACGAGGUCAACAUCAUGAUGAAGAACGUGAUCGAUAUUGUGCUUGGCGGAUUCACCUAUUGGCUCUUUGGCUAUGGCAUGAGCUUCGGCCGUGGGCCGCUCUCCAAUCCGUUCAUAGCUAUUGGAGACUUUCUUUUGGAUCCGCCCGUUGGCGAUGCCCUGAUGGGUCAGAUAUUUGCUGCCUUUCUUUUCCAGCUCUCGUUUGCCACGACGGCCACGACCAUUGUGAGUGGCGCGAUGGCAGAGCGUUGCAACUUUAAGGCCUACUGCCUGUUCUCGUUCCUCAAUACGGCUGUCUAUUGCAUUCCCGCUGGCUGGGUGUGGGGCGAGCAUGGAUUCCUCAAUAAACUGGGCGCCGUGGAUAUUGCCGGCAGCGGACCCGUGCAUUUGAUUGGCGGUGCAUCCGCCUUUGCCUCGGCCGCUAUGCUGGGUCCGCGUUUGGGCCGCUACUCCGAGGGCUAUGAUCCUCUGCCGCUGGGCAAUCCAGUCAACGCCUGCAUGGGCUUGUUUGUGCUCUGGUGGGGAUGGCUAGCCUUCAAUUCGGGCAGCACUUACGGCGUUAGCGGAGCGAAGUGGCAGUAUGCAGCGCGAGCGGCCGUAAUGACAAUGAUGGGCUCCUUUGGCGGCGGCUUCACUAGCUCCAUAUUCUCAUUUUGGCGGCACGACGGUGGGAUGGACAUCAUGGAUCUCAUCAAUGGAGUGCUCGGCUCGCUGGUGUCCAUCACGGCCGGUUGCUUCUUGUAUCGCGCCUGGGAGGCCUUGGUAAUUGGUGCGAUCGGUUCGUUGCUCUGUGUGCUGGCUAUGCCGCUGUUCGAUCGCUUGGGCGUGGACGAUCCAGUGGGUGCCAGUGCUGUGCAUGGCGUCUGCGGAAUCUGGGGUGUUAUCGCCGUGGGACUGUUUGCCGACAAUCCCAUACCUCUAGACACGACCAACGGACGCAUGGGUCUGUUCAAGGGCGGUGGCUGGUACUUGCUCGGUAUUCAGACCCUUUCUGCACUUUGUCUGGCAUCUUGGGGCAUUUGUUCAACGUUUCUGCUCCUCUAUGUGAUCAACAAGAUCAUACCCAUACGCAUGGAUCCGCACGAGGAGCUGCUGGGCGCCGAUCUCACCGAGCAUCGUAUACGUCACAGUCAAAUUGGUCUGUCGCGUGCCAUCUCCGCCCUAGCGCCCAUUCAAGUGGAUCUCAAGAAUAUAGCUGGGGUCCAGCCAAUCGGCAUUAAUCCUGGCCACGAGCGCAGCAUCGACCAACUACGUGCGGCCGAGGACAAGCUGUAUCAGUGGCAAUCGUACCUGGAGCAGGUGAGCAAUCCGCGGAUAACCCGACAUAAAUUGGUCGCUGAUUCGGACAUCACCUUCAAACCUAAAACGCCGAGCAAGCCUCCGGGAAAUGUCUUCAGUCGCAGACCACUCACAAGAGAGCUCAUUAGCGAUGGCUUCUAUCGUCCCAACAACAGCGAGUUGCCUGUGAUUGGAGCUACCAUAUCCAAUAAGCUGGACAAAGAUCCAAACUUUGCUUGGGUUGAUUAGUCAGAUAUUAGAUUGUUACCCCAAAAUAGGGGAAACCAAGUAGACACGCUGUUUUAGAGGAAAUGUAAACAUUUGAAUGGGCUGAGUAGAUCUCAUGCUCAAACUUGUAAUAAAAUAUAGUAAAUGUAUGGCCUUUUCAUUUGAUUUUUGAGCAGAGCUGCGUAGGCCUACCUAAAGAUAUGUCUACUAUACAGCCUGGCAAAUGUACAAACCCAACAACGACACCCAGAAAACUAUAAAUAUGCCCUGCUUUUAUCUACUAAACCACCUGGCCCGCGUCUUUUUUAAUAUGCAUACAACAGGUCAUUAGCCAGAUAUGAUAGUGGCAACAGAACAAAUAUUGAUCCAACGUACAGUGGGACAAAUCUCUAAUCUUACAGGAAUAAUACAAUUGGGUAUAAAUAUGUUUUUGCAAUUCUCAAAUUAAUUUAUUGAAUUCAAGUAUAAGCAAAUAUAUUGUUUGUUUGGUGAUCGAUCGAUGAUAAUAAUAUAAUAUAUAUUAUUUAUGCAGUUCUGUGUGAGUUCCUUUAUGAGAAGUGUGGUAAUUAUUAAAUGAUCCUCAAAGAAGCAGUCGUUUUAUUUUGGUUUGAUGUUAAUCGAAUUUCCAAUUUAGAGUCCAGAUUUAAAUAGCUCUUGUA